UCCCUGUGCUACGAGCACUGUGAUCGCUCAGGAGAAUGAAUUCCAGCUUCCCGAUCCAUCGGCCUCUUUUCCACCAUCGCCGUCGUUCAACUGCAAUUGGAUUGGAUGCGAUGAGAAUAAGGCCUUUCCUCGCCGUUCGGACUUGAAGUGAGACACAAUUGCCUGAGAAACCUUCAAAUCACAGCAGUUCUAAUAUACAGCCAGGAAACACAUGGACAGGCACAGCCGUCCAUACGCCUGUCGCAAUUCCGCUUGCACCAACGUUGACUUCGGCGACAAAGCAGGACUUCGGAGACACGAGAAUGAGAAACAUGGAGUUGCCAAGUUCUUGUGUCCUGUAUCGUCGUGCCGAAGGCAUGUCAAGGCAUUUGCAAGGAAGAGGAACCUAGAUUGGCACCUCAAAACGUGUCACCAGCAAGGUGAUUCGAAAGAGUCUUCCGUGGAGAAUGGACUGUCUCCGUCCUCGAACUCAACGAAUGGGGAUAUAGUGGUGAAAGGACAAGAAAUCGGCAUUGUAACUACUCCAGAGACUGCCAGACGCUCUAGUAUGGAAUCUGAAGACUUACAAGUGAAGUUGCUGGAGCUGGAGAAGGAAAAGAGAGAGCUGGAAAUGGGCCAGGCUCGUGUGGAGGAGGAUAUAUUGGCCCUGAAGAGAGCUCUCCAAAUUGUUUCUGGGUGAUUUCUAGUUCCGAAUACAUGAGAGCUUAGAGCAUUUGGAGUUGGGAGUUCCAUCUUUGUUGUUCUUUGAAUGCUCAUCUGGCAAUGCACUUGAAUACCUUGGGGUGGGGAAGAGUCAGCUUGCUU